UCGAGAGUUUGAUAUAGCUAGAAACUUAUAUCUCUCACAAAUAUUAAUCAGCAGCACUGCAUCAUAACAAGAGAUACACUGCACAGGUAUAUAAUGCAGUUAAAAUUUAAUUCAUCCCCUUGUAUAAUUGUCGCACUUAUUGUAGGUAUAUCCAUAUACUUUUUAAGUAGGUUUUGAGGAGUAAACAGAGAAAUUGCAGACGGUCACGAACUUGUCCGAACACCCGCAUGAUGCAUUUAUACAGUCAUAUUAUACAGGUAUAUUUUGUUUGUAAAAUAAAUCCCUCUAGACGGUAGUGCGGAGGUGAUGGCUGUUAAAAAAACAUCUGGCGCGAAGUGUGGCCUGAGGUGCAGCUUUCUCUUUUUUCACCCCGUCUGCCUUUGUAAUGAGAAGAGCAGAUUUCUCUGCUUCUCGGAUUUAUUUUUUACGAAACGAGCACUUUGUGUAAAAAAUAAAUAAUAAUAUAGGAUAAUUUGCACACAUAAGCAAUACGGCCCAAAGACUCCUUUCGAGAACUUGACGUGUAAUUCAAGUGGAUUUCAGUUUGCGCGUUUGUGCCAUUUUUAUGCCUUUGAACUGCGAUCAUGCUCUAUUCAAUUUCUCACUUUUAUGCUUCUUUCGUCAUCUUGACGGUCUGAUAUAUUUAUCAGAUAUGGAAUGAAAAAAGAUCGAAAUAAUCCGAGCGUAAUCAUAGAGGGACGCGUCAAUAUAAAACCGCCUUUAAAACAGACAGCCGCAGUUAACAAGCCUCAAUAAAAAUCGAUCCGAACAUCGCUAUACUGAUUGAGGAUUAUUAUUCGGUCGUAUUGAUGUCAAUAUUCGAAAAUGCAAAUAUAGAGACACGAUUGCCUCGUAUACGAUUCGCGCAUAUUAUAUAAAAGCGUAUGAGACUAGUCGGUAAACGUUAGAUGAACAGCAUGGACGACUUCGACUUGUUGUGUCGAUACUACCGUCCUCACAAGCUCGAGAAUUUGCAGGCGUCCGGUGACAAUAAGGAUCAGGUGCAGACGAUACGCGAUUACAGCUUCAUUCAUGACAGCCAUUACAUGUAUACAAGAGACCAGGAUCAAGCAACCAACGCAGAGGAUGUCAUGUUCGACAUGUUCAAAAACGAAGAGACCGGACUGCUCCACGUUGGAAAAUUCCUAGCUGCAUUGAGAACGACCGGUCUGCGAAAGAACGACCCGCGACUACAGGAGCUCACCGACAAUCUGAAGAAGGAACAUAUCAAAUCCGGCGGCCACGAAGGAAUAUCGCACGAGACUCAGAAGCUCGAUCGAGAACAGUUCCGAAGAAUAAUCACGCCGAACAUAGUCCUGAUCUCGCGAGCCUUCCGCCACCAGUUCAUCAUCCCGGACUUCCCGGGCUUCACCAAGCACAUCGAGGACUUCUACUGGAAGUGCAAGUCCAACACCGAGGGCAAGGUCGCCUCGUACAUUCCCCAGUUGGCUCGAAUGAAUCCCGAGUACUGGGGCGUCUCGGUCUGCACGAUAGACGGCCAGCGUUUCAGCAUCGGCGACACCACAAUACCAUUCACUCUUCAGAGCUGCAGCAAACCUCUGACCUACGCGAUAGCCCUCGAGAGACUAGGCCAGGAGGUCGUGCACAAGUACGUCGGGCAGGAACCGUCGGGAAGGAAUUUCAACGAGCUCGUGCUCGAUCACAACAAAAAACCGCACAAUCCCAUGAUCAACGCCGGCGCGAUCCUGGUCUGCUCGCUGUUGAAGGUCCUGAUAAAGCCGGAAAUGACGCUCGCUGAGAAGUUCGAUUUCACGAUGAACUACUUCAAGAGGCUCGCGGGAGGCGAGAAUCUUGGCUUCAACAACGCCGUCUUCCUGUCGGAACGAGAGGCCGCUGACAGAAAUUACGCGCUUGGAUUUUACAUGCGCGAGCACGGCUGCUACCCCGAGAAAACAAAUUUGCGAGAGUGCAUGGAUUUCUAUUUUCAGUGUUGCGCAAUGGAGGCGAAUUGCGAAUCGAUGGCGGUAAUGGCAGCCACUUUGGCGAACGGUGGAAUCUGUCCAAUAACGGAGGAGAAGGUGCUGAAACCCGAUAGCGUCCGAGAUGUUCUCAGUCUGAUGCACAGCUGCGGGAUGUACGAUUACAGUGGUCAAUUUGCCUUCAAGGUGGGGAUACCAGCGAAAUCCGGUGUCUCGGGUAGCCUCCUCGUGGUCAUCCCCAACGUAAUGGGCAUCUGUACGUGGUCGCCACCUCUGGAUCCAUUGGGCAACUCCUGUCGUGGCGUUCAAUUCUGCGAAGAGCUGGUCUCCGAGUUCAACUUCCACAGGUACGACAAUCUCAAGCACGCGACGAACAAGAAGGACCCGCGAAGACACAAGUACGAGACCAAGGGCCUGUCCAUCGUUAAUCUGCUGUUCAGUGCUGCCAGUGGCGAUGUCACAGCGAUGCGCAGUUUACGAGAUUGUCUGGAGUGGCAUCGGCUGAGCGGCAUGGACAUGACCCUCUCGGACUACGACGGCCGCACGGCUUUACAUCUGGCCGCGAGCGAGGGCCAUCUGGACUGCGUCGAAUUUCUCAUCGAGCAAUGCGGUGUUCCCCACGAUCCCAAGGACAGAUGGGGCAAUCGACCGAUCGACGAGGCGGAGACAUUCGGACACGCGCAAGUGGUCGAGUACCUGAAGAACUACGAGAUGGUGCGUCAGGCCGAAUUGAAGGAAAAAGCCGCCGCCAACGGUAACGGAAACGGCGAAAGUUCCGAGUCGGGCAGCAAUAAUUCGAAAGAGCCGACGCAGAGCAACAAAAGCUCGCCGGAUUCGAUAAUCGACCCGGCGCCCACUAGCGGGCAAUCGCCCUUACCUUAAGUUUGUAAUUUUACUUUAGAUUUGCGAUUUUUUUUUCUAAAAUCUAGCCGUUAUUAUAUUUGUAGGCGCUAACGAGGCGCACACUUCUUUUCAUUUCGGUCAUUUUUUAAAAAGUCGAUCUAACGUUGAUUUAUCCUCGAAAGACUGGGCCUUGUUAACGAGUUUAUCGUCCCCGCAAUAUAGAAGCCUGUGAUCUUUUCUUUUCAUGUGUACAUUUCCAUCGUUUCACGUUGAUUUUCAUCGGACGAUGUAUAUUCCUACAUAGACGAAGGAUGUGCAGGUACGACGUCAAUUGAUCUGAUAUAGCUUGAUAUAGAGGUUCCACUAGAGCGAAUUGCGUGUACAAUACAUACUUUAUGAUUUUGAAACAUUGCGUUUAUAAUAUGUACAUAUGCACACACUGUUCGUUUGUUAAAGAAGCUGCGAUUCGCUGCGGCGAUAAUAAUAAAUCGUAAAUUUCGCCUAAUCUCUCGAUGCAGCUCGCGUAUAUCUCUGCGUUCUUGCCAAAAAGCUUACUUUAGACCGUCCUUAUACACGUACAGAAAAUAGCUGCAGGCCGCGAUGAUAUUAUAUGCUAGUUACACUGAGCUGUGAAAAUACUUAUUAUAUUGCGAUACGAAUAAGGCAAUAAUACUCUUAUUGCGCUUGGAUAAAGAGACAAUAAUUCUUCGAAGACUAUCUCUACUUAAUUAUUUGUUAUCAUUAUUACUAUAAUUAUUGUAAACGGCUGAAAAUUUUGGGAUUUCGUUGAAUGUAAGUGUUGAAGUUUUUAAUGUUAUCGAAAGAGUGAGAAUGUAUAAGUUACCAUUGUUAUUAGUUUUCUGUGUAUAGUUGUUUGAAUUUGAAGAUAUAAUAUAAAGGUAUAAUCGAAGGCUUGUUCAAUGAAACGACUUUUUGGGUGUCUUAUGACUAUUUAAUGUUGACUAAUUUAAGCGAUUCCUAUAUCACAUAGCGGCGCAGUUGAAAGCUAUAAUAUAUUUUUAAUUUAUUCAAACAUGUAGAUCAUAUGCUAUAAAAAUAGCAAAUAUGAUUUAACAUUAUCAAAGAAUUUUCAAUUCAAUGAACUCAAGAAACUAUCCUAGAAAGUCUAUUAAAACUAAAACGGUAACAAGUGGAUGUUCGUUUAACUAUAAACACAAUCAAUGAAAUCUGAGUACAAACGUUUUCGGUCUAAAACCAUGAAUGUUGAUGAUGCUCGCAGAGAAAUUAUUGCAAAGCAAAAACACUUUCGUUAUUAUAGCAACGUUGUUUUGAACAUACGUAUAUAUUAUGAUCUAAGUAUAAUUUUCCUAAUCUACGGUUGUUUCUUUCGUCGAUAUAAUGAAACAUAUAGAAUAAUAAAGCGUAACCAUUGAUUGGUCGCUUGUAAAUCACGACGACGAGAAGAUUUUAUAAUAAAAUUAGCACAAGUUACAUAAGAUGCACAGUAGAGCAAUUUCAUACUUUUAUUCUCAUAAAUUAAUAGUUAAUUAUCGGAGGAGGUGGUACACCACUGAAUUGGUAUUAGGUCGUUUGCGACUUAUAAAUUUAACUUGAGCUAAUUUUAUCAGCAUACGAGACAUAUACAUAGAGCGUUGCCUUUGCGACACGUGAAGAGAUAGUCAAUAUAAAAAAAGGAAAUGUUGCGUAUGAUGAUGAUGAUAUACACAUAAAAUUCUAUAGUUAUUAUAUAUAGGGCGCGUUAAUAAAUGUAAAUAAAGCUACGGUUAUAUUGCGAUGAGGUUUGGCGGAAAUGAA